AUAGUUUACAUCUCUUGCGCAAUAGUAAAUGUUGUGUUCUAUAUUUUCACAUAUUAAUUUUCUGCCAAAGAUGGUAUUGAUAGAUAGGGUUGGCAAUCGAUACAAAUGCUCAAUAAUAAAUGUAUAAUAGUUAUGCUGUCUGAUAUAGCUUUGACUUUUGUGAAUAGAUUUUUGCUAGUGUAUUGUUUAAGUUAUGACUCUUUAUUUUUUGCGACAUUUACAUAAACUUAAAAAAAAUUGUCUUCGCCCCACGACUAUGUUAUUAAUUGGUUAACAAAUUCGAUCAUAGUUUGAUGUUGAAUGCGGCGCAAGUUUGUCUUACUAUCGACCAAUUGGAAUCUCAGCCGGAGGUACACCAACUUAUUAGAGAUUCCCCAGGAAUCGUUUUAAUAAACCUAUGUUUCUUAAGCCAAAGGAUUGAUGGAAAUGAACAAGCUGGUUGUUGUCUUCUUUCUGUUUGUUGUGCCUGUGGAAGGGCUGUUCAUCCGCUGGCUGCGGAACACAGACCUCAACAACCCGCACAACUGGGAUCGGGGAAAUCUCCCGUGCGGGAAUGACCGCAUGAUCAUCCCAGACGACAGUCCCGUAGUGUUCAUGCAGAUCAACACCACUGUACAGGAGCUGGUGUUGCCAGCUACAGGGGAGCUGGUGUUUGGGAGUUUCUUUGGUCUUGCCUUCACAAAUGAGCCAGAUCACAGUGCAGCCUGCCUGGACUCUGGAUCUGAUAUAACCUUCAAUGCAAGCCAUCCAGCAGACUGGUUUGACCCAGAUAACUGGUGUCUGACAGACACAGAGACUGGACCAUGCAAGGAUAUGGCAUUGUUGGAUACGGAGAGAAUACCUUGCUCUACAGGAGAUGUGGUGUUCCCCACAGGUAGCUCCUACUAUGUGGACCUCGGGAGGAACAAGGACAUACAAGUCAAUACUCUGAAAGUGUCGGGGAAGGCCUACAGCACCAACACAUUCAGGGAUUACUUAAGAACAGAAAAUGGCCGCAACAUUUUCCCACCACCGGCCACUGGUGCUCAGUCUUCAGUGACGAUGAACAGACGAAAAUGUACAGACCAGACUGGAUGUGCAUGUGGAAACGACCAAGGCCAGAUUUUUGAGACAGUGUGCACCGUAACAAAGCUCAGAUGCCCGCGCCCAUUGUGUGCUGCCACCAUCAAGCCAGUGGGACACUGCUGCAAUGUGUGUGGGGGAAUGUUGACCCUGACCUACGGCACUGGAUUCAACUUGGACACCUUUAACAACAGCAUUCAGCGAAACUUUGUGGAAAACGAAAAGUAUCCUCACAUCAAGUAUAUCUUAUCAAAGCGAUCAGAUGGCAAGAUUCAGAUGGUACUAUGGGAUGACAACAAAGGGGUCAUGAGUUCACAACUUGCACAAGACAUAUUGGCAGAUAUCAAACAAGACAUAACCACGGGUGGCAUGAGGUAUGCAAUAAUGGAGGCUACACUCCAGUCUACUGCUACUGGAGGAUCAGGUGCAGUGCAACCUGGCAGCCACAGCGCUCAUACUGGGGCAGAGACAGAACUAGGUCGAGGGUCAGUGGCUGGGGUAACGAUAGGCUGCAUUGCUGGAGUGCUAGUCGUCUGUUUAGCAGCUUUCCUUCUCUACAGGCGCACAAGCUGGUCUUGUGUUGACACUGGGCGAUUCAGUCGAAGUAUCUUUAACAAGUUUAACCGGUUUGAUGCGAGCGAGGCACGCAGCCCUCAAGUUACCAUACCAACCCCUGACGCCUUCGCCUGGGGCUCUCUGGACAGUGGGGUCUCCUCAGCACAUUCCUCCCGACUAUCACAGGGCUUUGACAACCCCAUGUUUGGAGAGGCGACCUUUGAUACACAGAAUCCUGUUCCUAUGGAGAUGGAGGUGAGGUCAGUGAUGUCAGAAGAACAGCCAAAAACUGACUUUGGUUUUGAUAACCCGCUGUACGACUCCGUCCAUCAGGAUUCCUUAUUCAGUGACCCCUCUGUUGUGGUGGAGCCCCAACCACUACCCGUUGUCACCCUAGAGGCAGCUGGUUGCCAGGAAACAACCACCGAUGCCUGAGACGGUGCCCGGGACAACCAUCGAUGACUGAGAAUUGGUUGAAAAAAAUCAACGAAGGAGGACUCACUUGUACAUGUUUAAACUGUUGUCUGUUAAUUUGUAUCAACACUAAAUAAUAUAGUCUGUUAUGGGCGAUGUCAUACGAAAAUGGAUCUUAUGCCAUGUCCUCUAUAAAGUGAUGCACGGUAUCAUGGUCUUACAGAGUAGCUCCAGUCCAAAUUAUGCAAAGACUAGGCUGGUCUAAAGCUAUGCAGGCUGCAUAUGGUAUAAGAACCAUUUUCGCACUACAAUCGUCAUAUAUAUUCAUUUGCUUAAACUCUCUGUGUAAAUAUUGUGCAUAUACAUGUAAACUAUUCCAAAAAUUCUUUAUUUAGAACAAACUUUGUUGCCAUAGAUCUAUAAUUAAUAUUGAUUAAGUUUGAAGCAAGUUAUUCACAAACCACUUAAUAGAUUAUUAUAAAUUUAUAAUAUUGUAUUAACCAAAACAAUUUCUGUUCUCUGACGGUCAUUGGGGCAGUUUGUUAAUAUCUUUCUUUGUCAAUUAUAACUCCUUCACUUUUAAGUUUAAAGCUCAGAAUCCAGACAUUUUACAACAAAUACCCUUGGGAAAAUAUAGUGUUUAAUCCAAAUGUGAAGUGUGUAUAAAAUAUAAUCAAUAACAUAUUUACAACUAUGUACAAUACAGUUUUC